GGGGCAUCUCAUGUCCCCCCACGACCGAUAUCUCGGGUGCCGGUCCCCUCGGUACCUUCGCUGUCGUGAUGCCUUCUCCUCUGACCACAUCUUAGCAUUGUAUACUCACACUCUAGCUAUCAUCAAUAUUAUCGAAGACGUAUUCUCCCGCCUUGAAAUCAUUAAAAGAGCCUCAUCCUCCCAAAUCUUCGAAGACGUAGUCGACGGCUUCUCAAACAACCUAGGGAAUCGACCCAUUGCGAGCAUUAUUCACACCUCAUUAAAGUCGAAACAAAUCCCAGCGCUUAAUACAGAUCGAAAUUCGUUGUACUCCCAAACAACCGUACCCAGUAUUCUUCAACCUCAGUGGGCAACGUUGCUCGCUUCGCAAAGCAUAAUAGACACCAUGACACGACCCAAGGCGCGGACGAUAUCCCGCCCUUUCGAUGCUAGACACGUAGGUGGCAUAGACGUCUUAGGGACAUCUUCCGCUCUUCAGAAUGCUACACCCAUCAUCCAACCGCCUCAACGAAGCCUCACAUCAAUGACAAUCGAACCCGACGAAGUUCCAACUCACAUGAACAUGGCCGCCAGAGUACCCCCGAAGAGGUCCAACAGCAUCGCAAGCGGCUUCAACAGACCCAGCCUGCGGUUGAAGACCUCACUGUCGAUACUUCGGAAUCGAGCGACAUCCAACUCUCCAGACAGGGCAGGGAAACGUAAAGAAGACUCUUCGGCGCAGGAGACCGCUCGCAGCGCAGACGUCCAGCGUAGACAAGCUCCUACAUUCACUCUACCGCCCCCUCCUCCACCGCCACCACCGGCAUCAACAUCAUCACAGCAACUACGUCUUCGAACGCCACCACAGACACAAGUUCCGAACCGCACACCUUUACCACGACCCCUUCCGCAAUCACAAACACAACUCCAAUCUCAACCACCCACCGUGCCCCCCAAAGUUCCCAAAAAGCCCUCAGCCCCGCCACCGACAACCCGUCCCAAGAGAGCAGACUCAGGCACCGCCAUAUCCAUCGACGACGUCCCCGUCGAAACCCGCCCCCUCGGCUUCAAGGAAAUUGUCUCGGUUCCGAGCUUCCAGGAGCGUAUGAAGUUAUAUGAGCGGACGAGGGAGUAUUGGGCGAGUGCCGAUCAUGGAUUGGGGGAGUGGGUUGGUAGGGCUGGUAGUGGUGUUGUUGGCGGGAGGAGGGAGGUUAGGGUUGUUGUUUGAGUGGGUGAUGGUGUGGGAAGAGAGAUUUUGUUGGUUGAACGAGGAGAAUAUUGGUCAUUGUAAUAUUUUGUUCUUUUUGUUGUUUCCGAACUUCUUGAGAUACCCAAUUUUUGUAUGUCGGCGAUGUAAGAUAGUAUUGAAAUGAAGCGCAGGUCGCUUCACGUUGUUGUCGAAACAGUGUUUGAGCAUGUUUAGUAUAUAC